AUGGCCGACGGACAGGCCGCAGCACCACGGACCUCCGAGGCACAGGGCCCCUCCCUGGCAGACAUAAGAGCGGACAUUAGGGCCCUCACUGAAGCUAUGGUCACCAAGUCAGACCUCCAGGCUCUGUUUGCCAACCUGCACGAGGCAAUCAGGUCAGAAGUAGCCACCAUACAGAGAGACAUUGCAGCACAAGAUGGCCGCAUACAAUCCCUUGAAGCCACGAAUCAAACAACGGUAAACAGGCUGGAGGCUACCAACACAGCAAUAACUAAACAGGGCACGAUGCUCCUGCAACUGAGAAGAUAG